ACGCUGAUUCGAAACAAAAGAUUCGUAAAUGUUUCGAGGCUUCAUAAAGCAGUGUUUUGAAAUCGCCUAUCACUACCCACAGUAGAUGGCGGUAAUGCUCUUUAAAGAAACUUUCUUUAAGAAAGCCAACCGACAAUAAACUCGAAGAAGAAGUCGUCUUGCGGGCAGGUGGGGUUUUUCAAACUGAAGACUGACUAACCGUACUGACACGAUGAAGCAUUUAUUAUUCUUCUGUUUUGCAUUGCUCCUGGAUGGUGUGUCUGGUGCUGUUGUUACAGUGUCCGUAAAUGGAGAUUCUUUAACUUUACCCAUUAAAACCGAUGAAAUAAAGGGAGCUGAAAAUCUACUGUGGAAGUUUAAAGAUGACAAUAUAGCAACUAUUGAUUUAGAAGAGGAAAAUAGCCCAGCAGAAUACCCUGAAGGGAGAUUCAACAGCAGACUGAAGCUGGACCUUAACACUGGAUCUCUCACCAUCAACAACAUCAAAACUGAAGACACUGGAGAAUAUCAGCUGGAGAUCAAAACCAGCAAAUUGCCAGACUACAAGCCAUUAAAGACAUUCAGUGUUACUGUCACUGAUAAAGUGAAGUCAGAAUCAUGGAUGGAGGGAGGAUCUGUCAUUCUGAACACUGAAGCCCAAACACAGGCGGAUGAUGUGAUCGAGUGGAAGUUUAACAACAAUCCCAUAGCUAAAAUGAACAGAACAGCCCAUCCCCACCCAGAUCAUGUUCUUGAUCAGAGAUUCAGUGGCAGACUGCAUGUAGAUUUGUUUGGUUCUCUCAUCAUUACACACAUCAAAACUAGUGAGUCUGGACUUUAUGAUGUAAAAAUCACUAACAGCAAACACAUCAUUCAGAAGAGAUUCAAUGUUAAUGUCACUGAAUCCAGUUCGAGGUCACACCAGGUGAAGAUUGGUCCAGGAUUAUUUUUAGUAUUGAUCAUGUUGGUGAUAGCACUGGUUUAGCAUGCUACAGAUUACAUAACAGGGUUUUUUCUUGCUUCAAAAAAGGUGGAAGUUGUGGCAAAAAUAUUUGCACCCUUGGAAUAUAUGAACAAAGAAAGCUGUGAAAAUCUACAUUGUUUCUUCUUUUGAGCUUUAUUUAAAGGGGACAUUUCACAAGACUUUUAUUAUGUAUAAUAAAUCUUUGGUGUCCUCAGAGUGCUAUAUAUAGAUAAUUUAUUCUAGCAUGUUAAAAUUUCCUUUUUGUAGGUGUGAGCAAAAUAUGCAGUUUUUGGGUGUGUCCUUUAAAUGCAAAUGAGCUGAUAAAAACACUGAUCGCCAUAAUGGUUCUCUUUCUCGCUCGCUCUUUCUCUCAUGGAAUCUCCCCACACGUUCAAUUAUUUUACUUCAAUAAAACAUUGUUUUACAUUUUUUUAGUAAAGCUCAAAAGGAUAAACAUUGUAGAUUUAUUUUCACAGCUUUCUUUCCUCAUUUUUACCAAGGGUGUCGAUAUAUUUGGCCAUGACUGUACAUUUAAGAUAAUGGGUUAACACAAGGAAUGAAACAUGAAAAUAUCUUUGCCAAGACAUGAAAUACCCAGUAAUUCCCCCUACUUGACUUUUACGUGUCUUAAAAAUUGUGGUUGCUAGCAAGAUGCUACAUGAGACUACAGACGUUUUUGGGGACUUUAAACAUCAUCAUGCUUGAAGAUCUCAACAACAAUUUAACAUGGACACAAUUCCCAAGAUUAAGGGCUCUGGGCACUACUAUGGUUUAAGUCGUACCUCUCAGGCAGGUCAUUUAGAGUAUCGUUGAGGAGUGAUGUCUCUAAACCCUAUGUCUUGAAUAUGGGGUACCUCAAGGCUCUGUGUUUGGACCACUGCUCUUUUCUAUAUACAUGACAUUCCUGGGUUCUGUAUUUUGGAAAUAUUGCUUUUGACCACCACUCUGCUGAUGACACACAACUCCACUUGUUAUUUUAGCCUGAUGAUCCAACAGUUUCUGCCCGCAUCUCAGCAUACCUUAGAGGCACCUAACUCUCUAGAUGAAGGAUCGUCAUCUCCAGCUGAACCUCGCAAAGAUGGAACUGCUUGUGAUAUCAUCUGACCCUAAGAUUCAUCAUAAUCUUUCCAUUCAACUGGGUUCCUCGAUCAUUACGCCUUCCAGGACAAUCAGAAACCUAGGAAGGGUUACUAGUGAUCAGCAUAGCUUCACGGAUCAUGUUGCCAGCACCACCCGCUCUUGUAGAUUCAUCCAAAGAAAUUAGCCAUUUCCUAUCGUAGCAUGCUACACAAGUCAUAGUCCAGGCUCUUGUCCAGUCCAGACUGUACUAUUGCAAUGCUUUAUUGGCAGGCCUGCACAACCAAACCCCUACAGAUGAUCCAAAAUGCUGCAGAAAGAGUGGUCUUCACUGAGACAAAGAGGGCACACGUCACUGCUCUCUUUGUCAGGUUAUAUAUAGAAGCUUGCCCAUGGCCUUUAAACCACCACUGGGUCAGAUUUUCUAUCUUCAUCUUUACCCUUGGCUGUGUAUAUUGUGUUAGGCUUCAUGAGACUAGUUGUAGUGUACUUAUGUAUUGCUGUUUUUAUGUUGUUCUAAUUGCUUCUAUUGUUACCUUAUUUUGGGAAUCAGGGUUUUUAAAUGUAUUUUAUAAAGUUUGAAAGAGUUGUCAGAGGCUUGGUGGCGAUAACGUUGAUGUUGGGAGACUGGUUAGCUUUUUAUUUUUAAUAAACGCAUUUAGACUUCAAAAUACCUUAAAGUUGUGUUCAUUUGUAAAUAUUAUAAUUUUGGACAAAACGUGUAAGUAUCUUAAACUAUUGUUAAACACUUUUAUUAAUCCAAAGGUCUAUGGAAAAAUGUAAUAGGUGUUUGGGUGAGUAAACCAGUGUCCUGCUACCAGGUUGUCCUACAAAAAUACUAUAAUUUGCAUUAUUUGCGCUAAGACUUUCUAUAAAUGCAACACAGACAGAGAACGUUACUUUAAAAAGUUGACUUUAUCAACUUUUUCAACACAGCUACAGAUCCGUGUACUAUAGUGGAGUGGAUAGAAGAUGUAAGCAGAUGGCCAAAUACAUAUAUACGUAUAUUAGUAUAUUAUAUCGUAAUGGUCAGCCCUAUUAGCUGCAUCACAAAUAGUUAAAAGGGGUCAGAUCUUAC